AUGAUAUUAACAUUACAAACUCUACAGGUUGAAAACCUUAAUUUCCAUUACUAUCUAAUUGUUCUUGGUUACGCUAUUAGUUUAUUUAAUUUGCUCAUAUAUAACACUUAUGUAGGCGCACUUUACUUAAAGGCAUAUAAUUUAGCUUUAUGUUGUGGAUUUUAUUUCCUAUACUAUGUUUUUAUAAUUGAUAUAUCAGAAAAGCUUAAUAAUAUUAGUUUUAUUUUAGGAAAUAUUUUUAUUUCUCUAAACCUGUUUAUUCCCUUAAUUGAUUCUACUUAUAGUAAUCUAGUAAGAAGCAAACAAAGCAUGCAAUAUACCUCAUUUUUACACUUAUCUAUACUAUCUAAUCUUUUGAUAAGCAUUCAAAGUUUGUUUACAGGAUUAAUUGUUGAUAAUUAUAUUUAUAGAAUAAGUUUAAUAAUGAAUAUUUGUUUGUUAGUGUUCCCUAUGAUUUUUGGUAGGUUCAACUCCAACCAAAUACCCACAAAUAUUUUUAUUCCUAUAAGUGCCCUUAUUUGUUUAUACUAUUAUUUUAUUUCUAUUAACUAA